ACGUCGCACGAGGCGACGCAGCGACCGAAGUAAAGAUGGCGGACGUGUCGGGGAGCAAGAUGUCAGAGGAGAAAGAAGCCGAAAUUGAGCUGAAGAAAAGACAGAAACGACCGUGGGACGAGUUGCACAAGUCCGGUAAAAUUGGGAUAACUCCGGACCUACCGGAAACGUUGGGAUUCUACGAUAUAAGCGCUGUCAGGAGGAGGGAGCAACGGGAGGCAGCAGAUCCAUCGUUGACUCGCUUCAUUAGCGCCGAGCUCACCAGAGGCUACUUCCUGGAGCACAAUGAGGCAAAGUACACGGAGCGCAGAGAGAGAGUUUACACAUGCAUGCGCAUUCCCAAGGAGCUGGAGAAGCUGAUGACAUUUGGCUUCUUCCUGUGUGUGGACGCCUUCCUGUACGUGUUCACGCUGCUGCCCCUCAGGGUGCUGCUGGCCGUGCUGCGCCUCCUCACGCUGCCAUGCUGUGGCUUCAGGGCACGCACAUGCCCCUACUGCAGAAGAAGCAGGUACGCUCCUAAAGCCUAUCACGGCUUCAUACGUGUUUUCACCUUCAUCAUCCCCAGCCCUCCAAACCUUUCACCAGUUUCUCUUCAUCUCCAUUUUGUCUGUUAUUAUGCAGCUUGACUCCUCAAGUCCGCUGUGGAAGCCAGAGCCGCCAUGUUGGUUCCUCAUGAGUCUAUUUUUAUUUUUGGAAUCCUCCAGGGAAGGUUUGCUGAGAGUGCAUGCUCAUUCUCAUCUCCACGCUGCCUGUCAGUGAUACAGCUGCACAUGCUUUAUGUGGAGGGCUGCUUAUUAACACUAGAACCGCCAACGGGUCCAUUUUACCCGCAGCUGUUUUUUUAUUGUAUGUCACUUUUUUAUGUCUCCCAGUCCGUGACUUUUCCUGAAAGUGUGUUAUGUAGCACCCUCUGUUGUUAAACAUUGUCAAUAUGAAGUCAGAUUGAAAAAAUCACAAACAUUUUUUCCAUUUAUACCCAUCAGCGGGUAAUAUUUAUUACCUCAUAGAAAAUGCAGCGUACUGUAAACAUGCAGUGUUGCUAUAACAACGCCUUUUGUCUACUGCGGUUGCUUAGAGAGAGAGAGAG